AUGAGUGCACCCAUCGAAGCUCGGUCGAUAUCUUCCCUCAGCACUCUCCUCGCCAACCCUCCCCAAUACCCACGAAAUCCCACCCAUCAAGUCCAUGACUCCCUCGUCCUCUACAUUGUUCGGGUGCCGGGCAGCCAAGAUGUUUUCCUCACCCCGCUCAAGCCGCCUACCAAGACCUCCAUAAGCAUUGACGCCGUCCAAUCGAGUCUCUAUUUCCUUCAUGUGGAAAGACCUGAAGAUGGAGAGCUGCGCCAGUCUAUCGAGGCCACCAAGGCAGCUGAAAGUCGCAACAAUGAGAACAUCCCCAUUCAGAGAAAGCCUCUUCCUCCUGCACCUCAUGCGAACUACCCUUCCUCCCAGCGGCCUGACACUCCACCCAAGAGCUAUCCCUACCAUCAGCCCCCUCUGGCCGGCUCCCAGACGGCGACUCAAGCUGACCGCUAUGCUGCCAGAGGCAGUCACCUGAGGCUGCGCACCUCGGAGCCAAUGAAUCAACUAGGUAUCCCACGCAAGCCGGUUGGGGCACGCCCCCUGCCGGCGCGGCCAAAUGCUGACCCAUCCUCCAGCAUGACAGACCAACAGAGCGGUGAAUCCCAAAGCCCACUUGACAACGAGCAUCCAAAAUUCAGACUGGCCCGGAAGCCGAUUCAAUCGGCGUCACCAACCGAUGCGUGUCAGCAUACUCGUGCAGACCGUCGCUCUGCAUAUUGCGACGGUUACAGUCCACAGCCACCGGGCCAGGAGAGCGGUGUCCCUGCUUCUAGUCCAACCGAAGCGGAACUCGGUGCAUCCCCUGACACCCUACGUAUCACCUUGAUUCGUAGAGACCCGUCCUCUGGCAGCCAGUGGAACGUGGGAAGCAUACUCUAUCGAGGAGCGGUGGCACGGGAUUCACCCUUGAAGAGUUUCGAGAUCGAACUUACCUCUCCAGGAUAUGUCAAGUUUGCCCAGCUGGAAGGCAGCUCAGGCAAUGGCUUACAUAGGCGAGUGGCCUACAUGCUGCUCCCUAACACUGAAGGCUCGCCUGCGACAAGGCAGCGAAGCAACUCUUCUGAAUUGUUCCUUACGGGCAAUAGUGCUUCGAGCAAGCGACCGCGUCAAGCCUAUUCAUUCAUGUCACCAUGGCAGGGAAUGUGCUCUUUCAGCAAUGGAUUGGACGGCAAAAGCAUACGAUGUCGGCAUAUGCUGCCAUCUGCUAAUCCGUCCAUGGCCGCGAUGCCAGCUGACGUUGCAGAACUGCGCUUCAAUCUGCCAUGGUCAAUUCUUCGCCUCAAAGAGCCCAACAGAAAGGACAAAGACAUUUCAGAAAGGUCGCCCGAUGCAUCGACAUCCCAGCCCGCCGCUGCCUCGAACAGGGAACACUGGAGACGGAGUUUCCAAGCGCUGACCCACAAGGCGCGGGUACAACUUUCCCAACUCGAAGACGGCAACGAUAUCCAGCGUAGACUACACAGAGAAGAUCCAGCUGCGUCUCACAGGUUGGCUAGGGAAGAUCGCAUGGAUCUGGCUCUCGGCCAAGAGAGGGCUGGAGGUGGUUUCAAGGGUCAAAGUGCCAAGUUGGGCAAGCUGAUCAUCGACGAUGAGGGAUUGAAGAUGUGUGAUCUGGUUGUGGCCGCGAGUAUGGGAGUUUGGUGGCAGCAUUAUGCCGGGGACACGUCGCUAUGA